UGAACUAAUCCUCCAGAAACUCCACAAAAAUGGCCGUUGGAGCUUACACAGAGAAGAACCGCCAUGGCUACGAACAAACUCAAACCCUAAUUUAAUUUCCCCUUUUUUUCCCUCCAAUUUUAAUUUUCCCGCCACAAAGAAAUGCUGAAGCUCCUCUCCUCCUCCUCCUCCUCCUUCGCAUGCCUCCAUGCUGGCCGAACCUGCACCAGACUCCGCUCCUCAACUUCCACCUCCACAACUCCAACAUCGCCGCCAGUCAACCUCCCAUUAAUUUCAGAGCUCAUAGAAAAGCAACACUGGUCGGAGUUCAAAACCCAUCUCAAAGACUCGAGCUUUGUGACAGUUGCCCGCCAACUGUUCGACUCGGGAGCUGACUCAAAGAUAAUACUCAGGUACUUCACUUGGUCCCAGAAGGAUCCCAAAUUUACACACCCUCUUGAACUUACUUGUAGGCUCUUGCACUCCCUAGCAAAUGUGAAAGAGUACUCGGAUAUCAGAGCUUUCUUGGAUAGAUUUGUUAGAAGCCAUGAAAAGCAUUCGGUUUCUUCGAUUUUUCACUUGCUUGCAAUGGGUGGGAGUCAGUUUUGUGCAAAUUGUGUUAUAGUUGAUAUGUUGGUGUUGGCAUAUGUGAAAAAUAUGAGGACCCGGUUGGGUUUCGAGGCGUUUCAGAGAGCCGGUGAUUACGGGUUUAAGUUGUCGAAAUUGGCUUGUAACCCUUUGUUGAGUGGUUUGGUGAAGGAAAAAGAAAUUGGGUGUGUUGAGUAUGUUUACAAAGAGAUUAUUAGGAGGAGGAUAGAGGCUGAUUUGUUCACUUUCAAUAUUGUGAUUAAUGGGUUGUGUAAAGUUGGGAAAUUGAACAAGGCAAGGGAUAUUACUAACGACAUGAAGGCUUGGGGGAUCCCUCCGAAUGUGCUUACUUAUAAUUCUCUUAUUGACGGGUAUUGCAAAAUGGGUGGUUUGGGGAAGAUGCACAAAGCCGAUGCCAUUUUGAAGGAGAUGGUGGCUAAUAAUAUUCGCCCGAAUGAGAUUACUUUUAAUAUUUUGAUUGAUGGGUUCUGUAAAGAUGAAAAUGUAGCAUCUGCACUCAAGGUUUUCGAGGAAAUGAAGCAGGGUUUGAAACCCAAUGUGGUUACAUAUAAUUCACUUAUUAAUGGGUUAUGUUGUAAUGGGAAGCUGGACGAGGCUUGUGGUUUGCGGGAUGAAAUGCUUGGAUUUGGUUUGAAGCCAAAUAUAGUUACCUACAAUGCACUCAUAAAUGGGUUCUGCAAGAAGAAGAGGAUGAAGGAAGCUAGAGAGUUGUUUGAUGAUACUAGGAACCAAGGUAUGGCGCCUAAUGUUAUAACCUAUAAUAUGCUAAUCGAUGCUUACUGUAAGGAUGAGAGGAUGGAGGAAGCAUAUGCGUUGUUUAAUUCAAUGUCAGAGAGAGGGGUUUCCCCCAACACUUCGACAUUUAACUGCCAAAUUUCUGGUUUCUGUAGGCAAGGAAACGUGGGAACAGCCAGGAAGUUCUUGGAUGAAAUGGAGAGUAGGGGCUUGAAAGCUGAUCCCAUAACGUAUAAUAUAUUAAUAGAUGGAUUGUGCAAAGGAGGGGAGUCCAGAAAGGCAGAAAGGUUAUUGAAUGAGAUGUUCAAAAAGGGUUUGAGUCCUAGCCAUGUGACAUACAAUACCUUGAUGGAUGGGUAUUGCAGGGAAGGAAACAUGAAGGCAGCUUUGAAUGUGAGGGCACAGAUGGAGAAAGAAGGGAAGCGGGCAAAUAUUGUAACAUUCAACGUGUUGAUCAAGGGAUAUUGCAUGAAGGGCAAACUUGAAGUUGCAAAUAAACUUCUUAAUGAGAUGUUGGAGAAAGGUUUGAUCCCAAAUCGAACUACUUAUGAAGUUGUAAAAGAAGAAAUGAUGGACAAAGGUUUCCUUCCUGAUAUAGAUGGACAUCUGUAUAAUAUCUCUUGUUCUUAGCUACUGACAUGAGAAACUUGGUUUCAGCCUCACCGUAACCAUAAUGUUUCUUCGAUAUAAAUAGGCCAUGUAUGCAUCCACAUCCGAAGGUGAUGAAUAUUUGAUGAAUGAGAAUAGGAGUAAAAGCAUCAAUCACAAGCAUCUCAACUCCACUGAUCAAACCAAGACAGUUCACUCUCGUCUCUUCUCCCACCUCUUCAAGGCUCAAGCUUUCCAUCAUCAGAGUCUCCAUGAAUCCACAACUAGUCGGUGCCUUCUUGAAACUGCUACCUCUGGGCUUGAAGGAACAAGCAGAGAUUGGAAUGAUUGGGAUGUUCUCACAGUUGCAGAG